UUAAAUCAACUUAAAUACAACACACAGACACUUAAGUAAUAGAAAUUAGUUAUUAAGAGGCGCGCCGAUCCAUCGCAAUCCAAAUCGUUCAAAGGGAAAGCCCAACAAAAAACAAGCAACUUAGAAGCAAAGGGGAACAGAAGCAGUAUAGACAAAUAGAGAAUAUAAAACUCCUGUUAAAUACAUAUAGGUUACCUAAUCGCUUAAGCUUAAGUCUAUCCUAUGUAAAUCGUUUUGAAAAGUUGAGAGCGCUAAUCAACUAAAGUUAACUAUAGUGAGCGAAACUCCCAGCAAACUAAGGCGGAGCAAGGGCACAAAUCAAACACACACAAAAACACACUCCAAUCAAUCCUAUCGAGUUAACACUGUAUAUAGCAGCCGUAUAGCCAUGAAUGCUCGCUCGCAAGUAUUUGAUCUGACCAUGGAGGGUCGCCAGGUGGACGAGGCGGUGGCCACCAUCUUUCACACUGUUCUCUUUCACCGCUGCCUGGGCAAGUACAUGUACACGGGCGAUGCCCAGUACUCGAUUGGCACCGUUGGCUACACGGAUGUCGACUGCAAUUUCAUUGACUUCACCUACGUCUGCUGUACCUCGGACAGCCUAACGCAUCGCGUCAAACGAGCCAUUAAUUCGUUUAGCGAGAAGUUACGCUCCAACGAGAGCUGUGGCUCUGGCCAAAUAAGCCUUGAGUUCUUCCAGAAGAAAAAGAACCGCUGGCCAUUCCCGCAAGAGUCCAUACCCUGGGAGGUGUGGACAGUACACUUGGAUCUGAUCAAGCAUGAGAACGAGGAUGAGCGUCAACUGUGCCGCGAAAAUGUCUCCGAUUUGCUAACCGAAAAGGUGAUAUAUAUCACCGAGCUGAUGAACCGGCACGAUUAUGUGCCCAAGACGCCUAGCCAGAGCGAGCUGGAUCUGAUCUUUGACACAUCCUUUCCCGAUGUCCAGCCGUACCUUUUUAAGUUCGAUUACUCCACCUCGGGCUCGGCGGCACCCUCCAUGGGCAAUGCCAUGAAGAAGAUUAUCAAGGAGACGCUCGCAAUGUGACGGGCUCCAUUAUCGGGUCACAUAUUGAAACUUAGUUGCUUGCGAGUUUAUUUAUUAUUAUUAUUUUCGUCUUUGUAUUUGUUUUCGUUUUCAUGUUUAAGUUACGAAAUAGUUGCUGCUCCAUUCGCCCGUAGUUUUUAGUGUAUCUUUUGGGGCGAAGAGCCAUUUGCAAUGGUGAUAAGAUAAAAUACGAGGUAGUCAAAUAUUUAUUGUGUGUCCGCGCCAAACGUUUUUAUCUACUACAUAUUAGUUAUUGAUUUAAUUUCAACUAGACAGAGAGGGAGAGAGAGAGAGAGAGAAAGAGAGAGAGAAAUAGAGAGAGAGAGAGAGAAAGAGAAAUAGAGAGAGAGAA